CUCAGAGAUGUCCUCACACAAUGCUUGCCAUUUCUGUUCUUCAGAACCUCAUGAAAAAACUGUGACCGUGCUUCUCGACGGGGAAGAGUCCACGAUUGAGUUCAUCGACCCUCCAGACAGAAACGUAAUCGUGGAGGGUCUACAGCAGCUUCUCGAUGCGUACGUGGUCGUCUUCGCCAUUAACGACAACUCCAGCUUCCAGCAAGCACAGGAACUCAUCCGUUACCUGCGGGUGGAUUACGGGACAGACCGGGUGAUCGUUCUUGUGGCCAACAAGAUUGAUCUGGUCCGGAAACGGAAAGUGAACGCAGACGAAGCCCGACUUGUGGCGGAAACGUACGACUGCAAAUACACGGAAAUCUCCGCAGCCUUGAACCACUUUGUCGACGAGCUAUUGGUCGGCAUUCUGACCCAGAUUCGUCUACACAUGCGCAUACCAUUCACCACAAUAUCAUUUCCGGGCAAGGAGUCCAAAAAAGAAGAGCGAAAAGAACGACGGAAAGCCCUCAAAGGACCAAGAGGAUUUUUCAGUCGUCUUUUUAAAAGAAGUAGUCGUAAGAAACUCAAACCUUGUGAAAACCUCCACACCCUUUAG